GGUUGUGGCGCAUUGCGAAUUCUAGGGUUUAAGGGCGCCAUUUUUCCGUACUCGGCGCUGCGAAACCAGCGAGCAUCAACACAUGUCUUCUAGGGCUUAGUCAUUUUCCUUGUUCACUUCUCUUAAUCCUCCCUCUCUUCAAGCUCCUCUGUUCCAUUAAUGUCGGAAAACUCCAUGGAUUUCAAGGUAAAUGAUGGUGUUACUAAUGGCGAACACGACGACCCCAAGACCUCGAACCAUGAAGACGAUGGGAGUAGACAUGACCGUCCCUCUCAUGGCGACGGGGCCAGUGCUGGGAAAAUCUUCGUGGGAGGUUUACCGAGGGAAACAACUUCCGCACAAUUUGUUAACCAUUUCGGUGAAUAUGGAGAAAUUACGGACUCCGUUAUAAUGAAGGACCGGAAGACUGGUCAUCCCCGCGGAUUCGGGUUUGUGACUUAUGCCGAUCCCUCUGUGGUAGAUAAAGUCAUUGAGGACUCACAUAUUAUUAAUGGGAAACAUGUGGAAAUCAAGCGAACAAUACCCAAAGGUUCUUCCAGUUCUCGAGAUUUCAAGACCAAGAAGAUUUUUGUUGGUGGAAUUCCGACAUCUGUAGACGAAGAUGAGUUCAGGGAUUUUUUUAUGCAAUACGGCGAGGUUCAGGAACACCAGAUUAUGCGUGACCACUCCACUAGUCGGUCUCGUGGGUUUGGUUUCAUUACAUUUGAGACAGAGCAAGCAGUUGAUGAACUCUUGGCAAACGGAAACAGGCUUGAGUUUGCCGGCAGUCAGGUGGAGAUCAAGAAGGCAGAGCCGAAAAAGGCAAAUCCACCUCCCGCCCCUUCAAAGAGAUACCAUGAUUCAAGGCCAAGUUACAGUGGUGGCUAUGGUGAUGCAUAUGGGGAGUUUGGAGGUGCCGGGUAUGGUGGUGGUUUUAGGGCAGGUGGACCAUACGGUGCUAGAGGUGGUAGCUAUGGUGGAUAUGGUGGAUAUGGUGGAAGUGAUUUUAGUGGCUAUGGAAUGUAUGGUACUAGUAGCAUUGGAGCAUACAGGGAAGACCCUUCUAUGGGGUAUUCAGCUCGUUAUGGAUCUGGCUUUAGCAGAGGUUAUGAUUUGAGAGGUGGUUAUGGUGGACCUGACGAGAGCUAUAGCGCGUAUAACACCGGUGGUGCUCCUAAUACUGGUGGGUAUGCAGGUAGCUACGAUAUGGGCAUUGGCGCUGGAUACCCGGCUGGUGGUAGAGGCUCAAUCUAUGGAAGUAGAGGAGGAGGAGGAGGAUACGAUGGUGCAGGGAGUACUCCAAGUGGUCGUUAUCAUCCUUAUGGACGGUAGUAGGUAGCAGUGGGAGCUUUUGUUGAUGUUCUAUAAGGACGGUUGUCAAAAUAAUGAUGAAAUAUGUGUGCCUCUUACCAUCUCAAAAUUCCUGCCAUGUUCACCAGGACCACAAUUAUCAAAGGAUUUAGAAUAUGACUGUACAAUUGAUUGACUAACUUGCUGGAGAUUGUGCCAAGAUUAUGUAUCAUCAAUUUUUCCAUUUGGCUAUCAAUGUUUUAGUUGUUUUAU